AUGGCUUUCAGAGUGGUUGUAUUCUUGGCUGUGGGAUUUCAGAUUCAGCACCGAAUGAAAGAGUUGACACCUGUAAGCUGCAAUCAGAGUGGCUUUGCUAUCAGCAAGAACCUAAAGUGGGAUACUGAACCAAGGAUUUGGAAUUGUAGGAUCUAUUUUGAUGCACUCCACAGACUUACAUCGCUGUCAUCCACGUGGGGCACAGUUCUCGAAAAUCUAAUUGAAGGAUUCUCUGCCGUUUGA